AUGGCUUCUUCCUCUCCCAAAUCUAAACACUUUUCUUGUUCGUGCAAAACUACCAUGUUUGUUGUUUCUCUCAUUCUUCUUCUCACUGGGUCCUGCUCCGGUGCGAGGCUAGGGAAGACGGUGAUUCUGGCGGACCCGAAGGUUUUGCUGAAUCUGGAGCAUACGAAAACGCUCAAUCCGAGAACACACCAGACAGGGUUUCAAUACAGAGGCCAGGUAUUCAGCUUCUUCCCCAAAGGGACCCCUAUCCCUCCUUCUGGCCCCUCCAAGAGGCACAACUCAGCGGUGGAUUCUACACCUCAUAAUUAA